UCGGGGGUUUAGAUUUUCUUGACUAAUCGAUUGAUUUAAAUUAAGUUUACGUGCCUAUUUUUUUAAAUUUCAUACAAGUCAUGACUGAUACAUGCAUAAAAAGUGAUGGUUGUGUCCUCUUUCAACAAACUGAUCUACCCAACAGUGCAUUCCCUGUUUUCGAAGAAAUUCGAAAGCAAGGGCUGCUCUGUGACGUCACAAUCAAGGUUGAUGACAAAUAUUUCAGUGCCCAUCGUAUUGUUCUUUGUGCUACUAUACCAUACUUCAAUUCCAUGUUCACUAUUGACAUGUUAGAGAGCAAACAGAGAGAGGUUGAAGUACGAGGAAUAGACCCAAGUGCAAUGGAAUCAUUAAUCCAAUUUGCCUACAGUGGGAAAAUCACACUCCAUCCUGAGAAUAUUAACAACCUAAUGAUAGGAGCAGCUUACCUUCAGUUGAAUCAAGUUCGUGAUGCUUGUGCUGAUUACUACAAACAGAGAUUAGAUUGCAAAAAUGUUUUGGGGAUUCAGUCAUUUGCAGAAACCCUAAGUUGCGUAGACCUAGUGAAAGCAGCUGAUUCCUUCCUUGAAAAGAAUUUUACACAGGUUGCAGAAGAAGAAGAGUUUGUAAACAUAGAUGUGAGUCAGAUAAAGGAGCUCUUAAACCGAGAUACGUUAUGCGUUAGCGAAGAGGGGGCUUUCGAAGCAUUAAUCCGUUGGGUUAAAAAAGAUACCGAGACAAGAGCCAAACACCUGCCGAGUCUACUAGCCCAAGUUCGAUUGCCUCUACUAAGUCCUACCUUUUUAACGGACCGUGUUUCAAAGGAGGAAUUGAUUCGCAGUUGCCAUCGUUGUCGUGAUCUAGUGGAUGAAGCAAAAGAUUUCCAUCUUCUGCCAGAGCGACGCUCGAUGUUCAAGAGUUAUCGAUGUCGCCCUCGAUGUUUUUCUGAUGUGUCUGGUCUUUUGUAUGCCGUUGGAGGACUGACUAAAGCAGGCGAUUCGUUAAGCACUGUAGAAGUUAUGGAUCCUGUUACUGGCAGAUGGAACCCGGCAGAAGCUAUGUCGAUUCGUCGAAGCCGUGUUGGAGUCGCUAUCCUACGUAACAACUUAUAUGCUAUCGGAGGCUACAACGGUGUUGACAGGCUCCAGACUGUAGAAGUCUUAGAUGGUCCUAAACGGGUUUGGCGGAGCAUAGGAUCCAUGAAUUGUAAACGAAGCGCCGCAGGGGCAGCCUCUCUGCACGACCAUCUUUACGUUUGCGGCGGAUAUGAUGGCGUGACAUCACUGAACACAUGCGAGUCAUAUGAUCCUUCUACUGACUGUUGGAAAUCCAUUUCUGCCAUGAAUAAGCAUCGGAGUGCUGCUGGAGUAGUGUCAUUUGACAACCAUAUAUACGUCCUAGGGGGACAUGAUGGCCUAAGCAUUUUUGAUUCAGUUGAAAAGUACAAUCCCCAAACCGGGCGUUGGUCUCUUGGUGUUCCUAUGCUUUCAAAGCGUUGCAGAUUGGGAGUCGCUGUAUUAGAGGGUAAGCUGUAUGCGUGUGGCGGGUAUGAUGGCUCUACAUUCCUACGUUCGGUGGAAGUUUUUGACCCUAAAACAGAAAAAUGGAGCCAUGUUGCACCUAUGAGUGUAACACGUAGUCGAGUGGCGUUGGCAGCUAAUGCCGGUCGUCUUUGGGCCGUUGGAGGAUAUGACGGCACUGCAAAUCUAAAUACUGUGGAGGUUUAUGAUCCAAAAACAGAUAAAUGGAGUUUCGGGUCUUCAAUGUGUGCACACGAGGGAGGUGUCGGUCUUGGAGUAGUCCCUGUAUAACUUUGUGCCCUAAAUGCUGUUUUCUUGUCGAACCUAAUGGUAAUGUGGUUAACUUAACCCAAGGAUUAUGUGUCGAAAUUUGAUUCUGCCAAUUAUGGCUUCCAGUCUUGUUAUGUUGUUAUUUGCGUCACCCUGUUUCUGCUUGUAGAAACGCAUCGUUCUGUAAUUCAAUAAAACCUUACCAUUGUCGUAACAAAAUGCGUUGUCUCUGUAA